AUGUCGAAAUCGUGGCAGAUCACGCUAAUAAUCUCCGAUCUACAUCAGGGAGAGCCUCACCAGUCGCCGCACGAAACCCCUCUCUGCCACUCUCGAUUUCCCGACGCCGGAGCACCCGUCGGGAUGUCGAACCCGGAUGACCCGAACCGACCCGUCACGGGCUACCCCGCCCCACAGAACGCCCAACCCAAUGGCUACCCGCCCCGACCCCCGCCGGGGGCCGCCGUGUACCCCUACGCCGCGCCUCCGCCGCCGUCCAACCCAUACUACAACUACCCGAACAACCCCUACCACCCCCAGGGCUACCAGUACGACCCAGAGUCCGCCCGCCGCGCCACCUGCCUGCGCCGCAUCUUCGCCUUCUUGAUCGGCCUCGUCGUCAUCUUCGGCGCCGUCACCUUCAUUGUCUGGCUCGUCCUCCGCCCCCAGCUCCCCGAGUUCCGGGUCGACGCGUUCUCGAUCUCCAAUUUCACGCUCGGCAACGACUCGCGCAUCUCCUUCACCUCCGAGAUCCGCCUGACCGCGCGUAACCCUAACAAGAAGAUGACCCUCGCGUACGAACACAUCGAGGCCGUGAUCUUCUACAGGUCGGAGUCCCUGUCAGAGACUGUCGUCCCGCCCUUCUGGCAGGACACAAAGAACGAGACCUCCCUGACGGCCAAUUUCGCGGCGGCGGGGAGCUUCGUGAGCAGGACGGUGGCGGACGAGAUCAACGGCGACAGAUUGGGGAGUGGGAAUGUGGAUUUCAAUCUGAGGAUGCUUUCUAGGGUUAGGUUUGAGGCCAAGGCGUGGAGUACUCAGAGAAGGUUUCUGAAGGUUUUCUGUGGAGAUUUGAUUGUCGGGGUUCCGAGCAAUGGGAGAGCCGGGGCGUUGAUCGGCGGGCCACAACAGUGCCGUGUGGGGAUUUGA